CUUCUCCUCCAAUUUCCAUUUCUUCCUUCCACCAUUUUCACUCCCUUCUCUCGCCGUCGCCCGCCGCCGGUCAAGAUGGUCUUGAAGGACGAGUGGUUGAGUGCGGCCAUGGCUGAUGACAGCGUCGUCGUUGAGUUACUGGUUCGUCUCAAGCAGUCCCAAGCUUCCUCCUCCGUGAAAUCUCCGGUACCCGCUGCUAUUCCGGCCAAAUGGGGUCUCAAGCAGCGGCGUUCCAGGAUUCUUUCCUCUUUUCGAUACGAUGUUUUUUCUCAUAAGAAUAAGGAGUCCAGCUCCACCAGAUGCAGCCCCACCACUCCUCUCUCUUGGAGCGGCGACACCUCCCCUUCCGCCACCGCCGAUGGAUUCGAAGAGUCCAGUCAUCCUUCCGGAUUCUCCCACUCCUCCAGAUCCAAGGGGUGUGGUAGUAAUGAAUUCAGCUGGAGGAUUGCCAUGGCCAAGAGGCUUAAAAGAAAGAAGGCAUUGGCUGAUCUGAGAGUAGAGGAGUCUUUACUUUUGAAGGAAAGAGUUCAUCUCAGAAAGGAGCUUGAAGGCUUACAUGCCACGUUCAAAGAACACACGACCAACAAUGAAAAGUUGAAGAAAAUGAAGCUCGAUUUGAACUUCGAUUCGUUGUCAAAUACUGAUUGGGAUCCAACACCCGAAACCCUUCCUAUAACUUCUUCGCCCGUACAAACCGUACCUGGAAAUAGUACACGGUCCGAAUCCGACAGAACACGAGAGAUUAAUCCAAUGGAAAGUGGUGGUUUUUUUCUACCUGAUCUAAACAUGAUCCCAGCUGAUGACUGUCUUUGAAGCUCACAAAUGGAUUCUGUGACUCGUCAACAAGACAUUGCUUCGAGAUAACAACUUGACCCGAUGCCAAACGAAGAAUGAUUUAGCGGAGCUUGUAUUUGCCGAGGUGUUACUUACCCCAACGAAAGUUCAUGAGAAUUCUGAAACAUGAGACUUUCUUAUGUUGUUAUUUCGAAAGUCUUUUCGAGUAGAAUCCAUCGAUUCAUCGAUCCAUCCCUUGUUGAAAUUCGUUUCAAAAUUGUAGGAUCAAACAUGUUUGAUUCUUUGUAGGUAAAAAGAAAAGCUAAUCAAACUUGUUCUAUGUUGAAA